AUGGAAGAAAUAAAAGAAAAUAUCGGCAAUAGGAUCUCUAUCUCACCAGAACGUCCAAAAACGCCAAACCACAUUGGGACGUAUACUCCUCUAAAGUCGGUAGAUAUUGUAGGAAAUACAAAUUCUACUCCCACUACUCCUACAGCACCUUCAAACUCUCCCAUUGACGACAAGAAAAAAACUCCGCGCAAGUCAGAAAAACCUCUAGCUGAGGAGACACGAAAAUUAUUUUUGACGCCGGAAAAAUUGGGUAGCAUUAAACGUGCCCAAUUGCAGAAAUACUGUAAGCGUUAUGGGAUAAAAGCUAACCUAAAGAAUACGGAAUUAAUACAGAAAUUACAAGAAUACGCGCUAAAUCAUGAGAAUCAGCCAAAUGAAAAUAUUGAUGAUGACUUUUCGUCCUUUAAUAUUGCCGGUCUAUCCGUAGAUGAUCCAUUAAAUCCACAGAAACAAGAUCAAAGUUCUAAAGACGAGGAAAUCACGAUUGGCAAUCAAGAAGAGGAGGAUGAUUCUUUACAGCCAACAAAUGAGUCCAUAAAAAACGCGAGCAUCACGCAAUUCCCAAAAGAAAUCGCUAGAUUGAGUUUUGUAAUGGAAAAUAAACACUCUUCUAUCCCAUUACCUUCUCCUAGGAUAUCAAGUUUCAUGGCGCGUAAAAUUGCAACUCCCAUCAAAAGAUCGCCUUUGAGAUAUUCAAUGAGUAAUCAAAGCUCCUCAAGUGGAAAAAAACCAAUUUAUGAUGAAAAAUCUCCUUUGGUUGAUCAUUCUGCAUCAUCUAAUCCAGAGAUUCAAAAUAACGAAUCAAUUAAUGAAACUAAUAGAAAUACGUCAUCUCCAAAGAAAGAAGAAACUCUCAAUACACAUCAAAAUGAUGCGAAUCCUUCUGAGCAACAGCAAACAGAAGAGAAUCAAGAAUCGUAUGAUCCCUUGACAUCUCCGGAGCCGUUCGUUUUCAAUUCUGGAAUGCGAGUAGAUGACUCCACAUUCCAAACAGCGGCAGCCGCUGUAUUAGCAGAAUUGGAAAGACGCGUCGCUGAAGUUCAGAAACUCCCUACUCCGGAAAUCAAGAAAUAUCUGGGAGAAUUGACACAAUCGCCAAGAAUGAAAAAAUUAUCACAGUCCAUAGAAGAAGGCGAAGGGUUGACACCAAGUCGAUUUAAUAAACUACACAAAAAAAAUUUCGACAAAAUGCAAUCUAUUGUCAAUCAUUAUGCUGCACAAAGAAGAAAAGCGGAUGAAGAAUUGGAAGUCUCUCCCAUAAAGAAAAAGAAGUUAAUUCACUCAACAAAUGAUCAAGACCUUGCGAAAACUUCUCAACCAAUCUACGAGGACAAGAGUGAUGAAAAAAAUAAUGAAUCUGAAAAUCUGCGAACAAAGCAUCAUAAAAAAUCUUUGUUACGUCGGCCAUCUGGCUUCAAUAAGAAUAGAAAACCAAAGGUGACAAGUGUCACAAAAUCGGGAAUUACGGCUCGUUUAUCAACAUUUGACUUUGAUUCAAGACUGAAAAAGCCGUCAAGUUAUAAUAUUGCACAUGCAAAUUCCAAUAAGGCUUCGGCGUCGACAUCUAUUCCUAUGAAACAAAACAAGGAACGCGUUGAAUUCGGAAAACGAGAAGCCGCAAAAAAUGUUGUAGAACAAAAAAUAAGAAAUCCGAGCUCAAUUCAUCAAAUACCUGAAAAAGCAAAGAGCAAAAUUUCCUCUGGAUUUGCUCAAGGAAUUACAAAACCUGUAUCUAAUUUAAAGACCAAACCUCCUCCACGCUUAAAUACUGCAAGCCAAUCUUCUCAACCAAAAAUCAUUGGUAAAAACUCAUCUUCUCGUCCGUUUUUCGCGCGUCAAAUAUAUCAGCAAAAUGCUACUAAAGGAAGUUACCGUGAUAAUACUACUACCAUUACUGACAAACAAAAAACUAAAAAAGAAAAAGCGACAUUAGAACAAUUAUCACAAGAAGAAAUCAAGAAUGAACUUGGGUUUAAAAUCCAAAACAAAUUCAUGAAAUCUCAUAAAUCGCAAGUGCCACCGUUCUCUCAAAAGAAAGUCGGUAAGAAUAAGAAAUGA